AUGGUUCUCGAAUCCUUACAUGAAGUUGGUGUGCUCUUCGAAUCAGAUAAGGAGAAUCGUUCAUCCACAAAUAUUGGCAAAGAACAACGAUCACGAUCCAAUACCAUGCCAUCCUCUUCUGCAAGUUCACAACAAGAACAACCUGGAGACGAUCGAUUAAAAGCUGAACUUUCAAAGAGACAACGAGGUGUCUAUUUAAUAAGUUUGUCCUUGGGUUUGAUCCUGGCAUGCAUUGUGAUGUGUGUCUCAAUUCCAGUCACUGUUGUCGUGGUGAAAAAUAUUGAAGACACGCGAUUGUUGAAUGUAAAAGCUGGUGUCACUCAGAUUGGUAUUACAGCCUUUUUAACGAUCAAACGACAAAUUGAAUUGUCGAUGAGCAGUUUGAUUUCUAUGGCUCAAGUGGUCUAUGCAUGGAAUUAUAAUGUCACAGACAGUGGGUUUAAUGAGAUGGGUUUACGAUUAAGUGCAUUGUAUCCAGAGUUGGUUCAGUUUGAAUUGGAAUAUGGAUUACGUUUAGCCUAUGUCUAUCCCAAUAAUCCAUCCAUAAUUGGAAAGAUGGUUGGUUCUGAACCAGAACAUUUAAAUGCAAUUAAUAGAGCUAUUUCUGACCAAUCGAUCACAAUUUUUGGACCUAUUUGGAUUAAGAGAUUGUCAUCUGCUUCACUCAUCACUCAAUAUCCAAUUUCCUUUCCAAAUGGCUCGUUUUGGGGUCUAUCUUCAACAUUAAUUGCAUUUGACACCUUGUUCAAAAGAAUUGGUCUCUUUGAUGUUCUUGCUGGAUAUGAAUAUCAAUUGUAUGACAAUGCACAACAACGAAUCUUUUUGGAAUCUCGAUUGGGAACAAAUCAAACAGUGAAUGGAAUUACAAACAACUUAACCAUGAUCAGUGAUCCAGUGAUUGUCAAUCAGACAGUUCUCAACAGUGAAUAUCAACUUUUUUUGAAACCUCUCAAAGGAUGGCAACAUGAUGACAUCUUUUGGGUUGAAUUGACAUUUUCUAUUGUACUGAAUAUUAUAUUGUUUCUAGUGGUAAUAUUGGGCGUUUUCCAAAUUGUUCAAGACUAUUUCAGAAAGAGAGAAUAUCAAGUGAUUCAAAACAAAUUGGAAAUCAAAGUGUUAGAAAGAACAAAAGACUUGGCUCACAGUCACAAUCAAUUAUCCUUGUUGUUGGAUAAAAUCUCCUUAGAAGAACAGAGAACGAGAAAGAUCUUGAACACCAUUGAUGAUGCAGUUGUGACAAUAACUUGUGAAGGAUUGGUGAUCCAUUACAAUCAUUCAUUUUUGAAUAUGUUUUCUCUAAAGGAAAUAGAUAUUAGAAAGGCUGAAAGAACAACCACCACAAUUAACACACUUCUACCAAAACUUAAUACUAAAGAAAUAUUCGAAAAACACAGUGAAGAUGAUUCGAUCACCAACUUUGAAACUAUUGGAGUUAGCAAAGCACAAAUAGAAUUUAAUAUUCGUAUUUCAGUGAAUUUUUGUAAAAUGUUGAAAAGCGAAAUUGUGAAAGGUUCUAGCGUUGUCACCACAAGUAAUGAACAAGAGCGAGUGGCUGUCUUACUUAUUCACAGCAAUACAGACCGAUCUGCACUCUUGAAGAAUUUGAAAGAAAAAGAGAAGCAAUAUAAUUUGCUCAUGGAGAAAAUGGAGUUUAAAGAAAUGUUUGACCAUCAUGAACGAAGAAGUGAAUUCAAAGAUUUUUGUGCAAAGGAACACAACGAUGAAUCCAUAUUAUUUUUGGAGGAUGUUCAACUCUACAAAUCACUGGUUAACAAUUUACAACAACGAAGCGAGCUGCAACAUGAAAUUUACAACAAAUAUCUUGCUCAUUCAGCUCCAAAGCAAUUGAACAUUUCAAGUGAAGAGCUGGAAACCUAUGGGUUUAAAAUCAAAAAUGGAAUUGGACAAAUUGAUCUUUUUGAUUCACUCGAAAAAGUGGUCAUCAACAAUAUUAUUUUUGACAGUUUCAAGAGAUGGACCAUGCAGCAAUCAAAAGAAAUUGCUUCCAGCACAACUGAUUCGUUCACAGCAUCCGAUCAAAAAGUUUCAGCAUUUGCAAGAACUCAUGACAUGUAA